AGCAGGCAGUGACUAAGAAGCUUCUGAAAUUUGUCAUGUCAGGGGAGGAGGAGGGGAACUUCAACUAAGCUGUUGCUUUUGCCGGGGAAAGAAAACACCGGGCGUCUGCAUGUGCGCGUGUGUGCGCGCUCACUAGCUGACAAGAUACCGCUUCGGAGCGGCUGGUAUUUGAGCUCACGGAGGCUCAGCGGUGGGCUGCCGGAGCCCGUCUUGGAUACAGCUGUUGCUCUGGUGAGGCAAAAGGAAGCAGAAAAAGCAAACUCGGAAAUGCCGGCUCGGGUUUAAUGCGUUCCCAGUAAUUGCAGAGUCAAGAACGAUCCAUUCAAAAGCACUCAGAUUGAAUAUUUGAGGAUGACUGCUUGAAGAGGAGGCACUUGGCUCCAGCAUGUCCCUCUGUGCAUCAUCUCACAAGGAGUUGCCACCAAUCCAAGAUCUCGUAUGUACCAAAGCAGAAGUGAAAAGCUCCCUCUCCGAGCUGGUCUCUCCUGUCCCUUUCAGCUGCAGCCAGUCUGCUUUGAGCGUUGAGCACAGCCCAAUUUACAUCCCAUCCUCUUAUAUGGAAAACAGGCAUGAGUAUCCGGCCAUGACAUUCUACACCCCCGCUAUGAUGAACUACAGCAUUCCAAGCACUUUCGGCGACUCGGAAAGUGCCUCUCUCAGACAGUCAGCCAGCCCGAGCAUGUUAUGGUCUGGUUCUGACCACAUCUCUCCUUUGACUUUACACUGCCAGUCGUCCGUUUUAUUUGCAGAGCAACCAAAAAGCCCGUGGUGCGAAGCAAGACCCGGGGAUCAUGCCCUUCCUAUGCACAGAGAAACGCUGAAAAGAAAAGCCAACAGCAACGACUGUACCAGCCCCUCCACAAACAGCCCCGUCUCGAAAAGGGAUGCCCAUUUCUGUGCCGUGUGCAGCGAUUAUGCCUCAGGAUAUCACUAUGGCGUUUGGUCAUGUGAGGGCUGCAAAGCGUUCUUCAAAAGAAGCAUUCAAGGACACAACGAUUACAUUUGCCCAGCGACAAAUCAGUGCACAAUAGAUAAAAACAGACGCAAAAGCUGCCAAGCCUGCCGACUUCGGAAAUGCUACGAAGUCGGGAUGAUGAAAUGUGGUUCAAGAAGAGAGCGCUGUGGCUAUCGCAUAAUUCGCCGCCACCGUAACUCAGACGAUCCAGUGCACUGCGUAGGCAAAGUUAAGAAGAACAAUGAAGCCAUAAUUCAAGUAAAAGAAUUGCUGGUCAAUGCACUGACCCCGGAACAGUUCGUUUCCAUAUUACUUGAAGCUGAGCCGCCAAAUGUGUUGGUGAGCCGCCCCAGCAAACCGUUUACAGAAGCCUCCAUGAUGAUGUCGCUGACGAAGCUUGCAGACAAAGAACUGGUCCACAUGAUUGCCUGGGCCAAAAAGAUUCCUGGCUUUAUAGAACUCAGUCUGUUUGAUCAAGUAAGGCUUUUGGAAAGCUGUUGGCUCGAAGUGUUGAUGGUGGGUCUGAUGUGGAGAUCCAUCGAUCACCCCGGCAAGCUCAUCUUCGCGCCAGAUCUCGUACUUGACAGGGAUGAAGGGAAAUGUGUGGAAGGAAUUUUGGAAAUCUUUGACAUGCUUUUGGCGACGACUUCAAGGCUCCGGGAGCUGAAAUUGCAGCACAAGGAAUAUAUUUGUGUCAAGGCCAUGAUCCUCCUCAAUUCCAAUGUGUAUCCAAUCUCCUCAGCUGCAGGAGAGUCCGAGAGCAACAAGAAACUGAGUCACCUGCUGAACUCUGUGACGGACGCCUUGGUGUGGGUCAUUUCAAAGAGCGGGGUCCCUUUGGCCCAACAGACGACACGCUUGGCGAACUUGCUGAUGCUGCUCUCACAUGUCCGGCACGCAAGUAACAAAGGGAUGGAGCACCUUCUCAGCAUGAAAUGCAAGAAUGUCGUUCCCGUCUACGACCUACUGUUGGAGAUGCUCAACGCUCACACCCUCCGAAACAAAGCGAAAGCCUCUGCCUCUAAUAUCCAGGUCACCCCAUCGGAACAAACUAAGAGUGCAGAUGGACCUCAGCAGUGAUUUUGUACUGGAACAGGAGCCCAGGGAAGCACCAAGAAAACAGUCCCAAGAUUCAAAAUGUGGGUGUUUGCUUUAAAAGAAAGAAAGCACAAAUUUUGAUCUCUCUCUCACCUGGAGUUUUUUAAUGGGAUUGUACUCUAAUCUUUUUACACUGGAUGCAGUAUGUCUUGGAAAAGCCUCAUGGGGUUGGAAUGGAAGAAUCUGCCGGUGAAUGUAGCUUUAUCAUCAACUGCACUUCUGGAGUGCCUUUUAGAGGAGACUGUUGAAGUGCCAUAUGCGCCUUAAGCUUCAUGGUUAUCCUAGUUGGGUGGCAGAACACAAUUUUUUUUGUAGAAAGAAGGAGGUUGGGUGAUGCACAGACCUAGGGUUCCACUGCAAAAAAAUGGGAGCAGCCUCUUCUUACUGAAGUAGCCUAUGAAAUACGCUGUACAUUACAGCAGACAGGAGGGAUCCCAUCCACCUUAAGAAAUACGUGCUGUUCCAAACUGAAAAAGACAUGGAUAAGUUUACCUUUGCGCAACUGCGCCUUUGAUCAGUAGUGGGAGAAGGAGGUCCUCCUAUUUAAAGGAAAGCGCUUGGAGAGUUUGUAUCCUGACCCACUUUGACAAUGUGGACCAGAAGCUUAUUUUUUAUUAUUACAAAGCUCCAGUUUCUAUUGACUGUUAUCUAAGCAUUUGCCGUGUUUGAUUUCUGUGCUCAAGCACUUGAGUGGGUGCAAGGCUUGCCCUUCUCGUUUCCUGCUGCAGACUCGUGCAACGUAUUGCCAUGUGUGGAGGAAUUAUUGCUAUGAAUAGUCAGAAUUCGUGAGUAAUUAUUUCAUGCUUAGCUACACAGGAUCGAUAUGAUUGUGGCUAUAAUUGUGGAAACAGGUUUUGGUGUCCAUAAAUGUAUUCAUCCUAUGGGGGGGGGGAGCACAGAAUAAGGUGCCUUCCGGUGGACCAAUUAGAGUAUGUCCCAACAGGAGCAAAUGAACCUGCUAUGUGCCAUAUCAGUGCAUGAAUUCCAAUGCACAUGCACAAACAGCUCUCCCAGUAGCAAGAGCUUCCCCAGUUACUUCAGUGGAGGAGGCAUCUCUGCACACAAAAAGAGAACAUGCACAAGUUAAUGUGAAAGACUGAUUACUCCCCAUGCAAAUGUGCCAGCAUUUCCUGUGUGCGUUAGCUAAUGCACCUUGGAUAGAAAAGGGAGCCUGGAGCAUGUCUGUCUUCAGGCUUCAUUGGAAAGCCAUGGGAAAACUCUUGGAUAGCUCAGUUGGUUAGAGCAGAGUGCUGAUAAUUCGAAGGUUGCAGGUUUGAUCCCCAAAUGGGACAGCUGCAUAUUCCUGCA